CAAUGCAUAAAUACAAGUGCCAGCAUUUGAAUGCAACACCAGUAACUCUGGGUUACAAUGACUUUGUCAAGACAAAGGUGGUCAGGUUUUCAGCUGCUGGUGCUUCUGAGUCAGGCAUCGGUGUUUGCCUCUUUGUCUGAGCGUCAGCUCUGUCAGCACAGAGGAGACCCCGAGAAUCCACAGAUCUUCAAGGACGGAGACAUUGUGUUGGGGGGAAUCUUCUCUUUCCACAGCAGCUGGAAAAACAGACAGGAAAACUACACACACAAGCCACAGCCACUGGAAUGCACCAGCUUGAAUUUCAGAGAAUUCCAGUUUGCUCAGGCAAUGCUCUUUGCCAUAGAGGAGAUCAAUAACUCCACCGAUAUCUUGCCUGGUGUGUCUCUUGGCUACAAGAUGUAUGACACCUGUGGCUCCAUGGCCCAAAGUGUAAGGGUCGCACUGGCUUUGGCAAAUGGGAACGAAAUGACAUCUGUUUCCUCUGAUGGACCGUGCAGCCGACAUGCACAGGUGCAGGCCAUUAUGGGGGAAACGUCCUCCUCUCCCUCCAUGGCCAUUGCCACUGUCAUUGGGCCUUUCUAUGUUCCACUGAUCAGCCACUUUGCCACCUGUGCUUGUCUAAGUGACAAAACCAAGUACCCGUCCUUUCUCAGAACUAUACCCAGUGACUACUAUCAGAGCAGAGCCCUGGCUCAGCUGGUAAAACACUUUGGCUGGACGUGGGUAGGAGCAAUAAGGACCAAUGAUGACUAUGGAAAUAAUGGCAUGGCUACAUUCACAGAAACAGCCCAGGAGCUGGGCAUCUGUCUGGAGUAUUCAGUACCAUUCUUCAGGACUGACCCGCCGGACAAAAUACAGAAGAUCAUUGACAUCAUCAAAGCCUCCACCUCCAGGGUGAUCGUGGCCUUCCUGUCCCACAUGGACAUGGAUGUGCUCAUCCAUGAAUUGUCGGGCCAUAACUUGACAGGGUAUCAGUGGGUGGGCAGUGAGAGCUGGAUCUUUGAUUCCCAAACUGCAGAAGGCGACAAGCACCACAUCCUAGAUGGCGCCAUAGGGCUCUCUAUUCCCAGAGCACAUGUGGGCGGCAUGAGGGAAUUUAUCCUGGACGUGAAGCCACUCAGUUCAAUUAGUGCUGACCUGUUUAAGGAGUUCUGGGAGAUGUUAUUCAGCUGCAAAUUCAACACAACAACAAAGACCCAGACAGAAUGUUCAGGUCAUGAGGACGUGACAAAUGUCCAGAACAGUUUCACUGACAUGUCACUAAUGCCAAUUUUCAACAAUGUCUACAAAGCGGUGUACGCUGCGGCUCACGCACUGCAUAAUAUACUUGGCUGUAAUGGAACCUGCAACAGGAAGAUGAGGUUAGAUCCAUUUACAAUUUUAGAGCACAUAAAAAAGAUUCACUUCGUAACAAAGGAAGGAGAUGAGGUUUACUUUAAUGAGAAUGGAGAUCCUGCAGCAAAGUAUGAAAUCAUCAACUGGCAGCCGACCAAAUCUGGCACAGUAGAGUUUGUCACUAUUGGCCUUCAUGAUGCUUCUUUACCUCCAGACAGACGUCUUAACUUGCUGAACAAAUCUUUAGUUUGGACCGAAAACUCAAAUCUGGUGCCAACAUCUGUGUGCAGUGAGAAAUGUCCUGUAGGAACUCGCAAAGUUCUCCAGAAAGGAAAACCUGUCUGCUGUUUCGACUGUGUCCGAUGCACAGAGGGAGAAAUCAGCAACACCACAGACUCAGUCUACUGUGUCCGCUGUCCUCCUGAAUUCUGGUCCAAUGACAGAAGGGAUGAGUGUGUGAAGAAGGAAGCAGAGUUUUUGUCCUAUGAAGAAGCCAUGGGAGCACUGCUUGCUGCAUCAUCUCUGUUUGGAUCGUGCUUGACCGCCGCUGUGGCGCUGUUUUUCUUCAGACACAGGAAAACUCCCAUCGUCAGAGCCAACAACUCAGAGCUGAGCUUCCUGCUGCUCUUCUCUCUGACUCUGUGUUUCCUGUGCUCUCUGAGCUUCAUCGGCCAGCCGUCAGACUGGUCCUGCAUGCUGCGACACACUGCUUUUGGGAUCACUUUUGUCCUCUGCAUCUCCUGUGUGCUUGGAAAAACAAUGGUGGUGCUGAUGGCUUUCAGGGCCACACUUCCAGGAAGUGAAGUCAUGAAGUGGUUUGGUCCGACACAACAGAGACUUAGCGUUUUUGCUGUCACGCUAAUACAAGUUAUCAUAUGUAUACUGUGGUUGACCAUUUCUCCACCUUUUCCCUUCAAGAAUUUUAAACAAGUCAAAGACAAAAUCAUUUUGGAGUGUGCGCUGGGCUCUGCUGUAGGUUUUUGGAUUGUACUUGGAUAUAUUGGAAUUCUGGCCAUUUUAUGUUUCGUUCUAGCUUUUCUGGCUCGUAAAUUACCCGAUAACUUCAACGAAGCCAAAUUUAUCACAUUCAGCAUGCUAAUCUUCUGCACAGUCUGGAUAACAUUCAUCCCAGCAUAUGUCAGCUCCCCAGGAAAGUUUAGUGUUGCCGUAGAAAUAUUUGCUAUUUUAGCCUCCAGCUUUGGACUGCUAUUUUGCAUUUUUAUCCCAAAAUGCUACAUAAUCCUAUUGAAACCAGAGAAGAACACAAAAAAGAACAUGAUGGGAAAGGCAACACUGAAUUAUUAGCAGAAUAUUAGCCAGACUUUG